AUCACAGUAUUUCGCAUGGGAUCGGAAGGACACCAGGAUAUUGAUUUAGCUAUCCUGACAGCAUUACUAAAAGGAGCUAAUGCAUCUGCUCCCGACCAGCUGAGCCUAGCAUUAGCCUGGAACAGAGUAGACAUCGCCCGCAGUCAGAUCUUUAUUUACGGGCAACAGUGGCCGGUGGGCUCCCUUGAGCAAGCAAUGCUGGAUGCACUGGUGUUGGACAGAGUGGAUUUUGUGAAAUUACUCAUAGAAAAUGGAGUAAGCAUGCAUCGUUUUCUCACCAUCUCCCGGCUAGAGGAAUUGUACAAUACGAGACAUGGACCAUCCAACACACUAUAUCAUCUAGUCAGGGACGUCAAAAAGCGAGAAUAUCCAGGUUUCGGUUGGAUCUAUUUUAAGGGAAAUUUACCUCCUGAUUAUCGGAUAAGUCUGAUUGACAUUGGUUUGGUGAUAGAGUACCUGAUGGGAGGAGCAUAUCGCUGCAAUUACACUCGGAAGCGCUUCAGAACACUGUACCACAAUUUAUUUGGGCCCAAAAGGCCAAAAGCCCUGAAACUGUUGGGAAUGGAGGAUGAUGUCCCUUUGCGGCGAGGGAGGAAAACAACAAAAAAAAGAGAAGAAGAAGUUGAUAUUGAUUUGGAUGACCCUGAGAUCAAUCAUUUCCCCUUCCCAUUUCAUGAGCUGAUGGUCUGGGCUGUGUUGAUGAAGCGUCAGAAGAUGGCCCUCUUUUUUUGGCAGCAUGGGGAAGAGGCUAUGGCUAAAGCACUGGUGGCCUGUAAACUCUGCAAAGCCAUGGCCCACGAAGCAUCAGAAAAUGACAUGGUAGAUGACAUAUCCCAAGAGCUGAACCAUAAUUCCAGGGACUUCGGCCAGUUGGCGGUGGAGCUGUUGGACCAGUCAUACAAGCAGGAUGAGCAACUGGCAAUGAAACUGCUGACCUACGAGCUGAAGAACUGGAGCAAUGCCACAUGCCUGCAGCUCGCGGUGGCAGCCAAGCACAGGGACUUCAUUGCACACACUUGCAGCCAAAUGCUGCUCACAGACAUGUGGAUGGGUCGCCUCCGGAUGCGCAAAAAUUCUGGCCUAAAGGUAAUUCUAGGAAUUCUACUUCCUCCUUCAAUCCUCAGCUUGGAGUUCAAGAACAAAGAUGAUAUGCCUUACAUGUCCCAGGCCAGCGAGAUCCAUCUUCAAGAGAAGGAGCCAGAGGAACCAGAGAAGCCAGUGAAAGAAAAAGAGGAGGAGGACAUGGAACUCACCGCAAUGCUGGGACGAGGGAAUGGAGAAUCCUCAAGAAAGAAAGAGGAAGAGGAAGUUCAGAGCAGGCACAGACUGAUCCCUGUUGGAAGAAAGAUUUAUGAGUUCUACAAUGCUCCCAUCGUUAAAUUUUGGUUUUACACACUGGCAUAUAUAGGCUACUUGAUGCUGUUCAAUUAUAUAGUAUUAGUGAAGAUGGAUCGGUGGCCAUCUACACAGGAAUGGAUUGUCAUCUCAUACAUUUUCACUCUGGGAAUAGAGAAGAUGAGAGAGAUAUUGAUGUCAGAGCCUGGGAAACUGUUGCAGAAAGUAAAAGUUUGGCUCCAGGAAUACUGGAACGUUACUGAUCUCAUAGCUAUCCUCCUGUUCUCCGUCGGGAUGGUGCUCCGUCUGCAAGAUCUGCCACUCCGGAGCGAUGGCCGAGUGAUAUACUGUGUUAACAUCAUUUACUGGUAUAUAAGGUUACUAGACAUCUUUGGAGUAAACAAGUAUUUGGGACCAUAUGUUAUGAUGAUUGGGAAAAUGAUGAUAGACAUGAUGUACUUUGUCAUCAUCAUGUUGGUGGUUUUGAUGAGCUUCGGUGUCGCAAGACAGGCUAUUCUCUUCCCCAAUGAGGAGCCUUCGUGGAAACUGGCGAAAAACAUUUUUUACAUGCCUUACUGGAUGAUCUAUGGGGAAGUGUUUGCAGACCAGAUAGACCGUAAGCAAGUUUAUGAUUCUCAUACUCCAAAGUCAGCUCCUUGUGGUCAAAAUGAAACCAGAGAAGAUGGCAAAAUAAUCCAGCUACCUCCCUGCAAGACAGGAGCAUGGAUCGUUCCUGCCAUCAUGGCCUGUUACCUCUUGGUUGCAAACAUCCUUUUGGUGAACCUCCUCAUUGCUGUUUUCAACAAUACUUUUUUUGAAGUCAAAUCCAUAUCCAACCAAGUAUGGAAGUUUCAAAGAUACCAGCUAAUCAUGACAUUUCAUGAAAGACCUGUUCUCCCACCGCCUCUGAUCAUUUUCAGCCAUAUGACUAUGAUAUUCCAACACCUCUGCUGCAGAUGGCGGAAGCAUGAAAGCGAUCCAGAUGAGAGAGACUAUGGAUUAAAACUUUUCAUAACUGAGGAUGAACUGAAAAAAGUCCAUGAUUUUGAAGAGCAGUGCAUAGAAGAAUAUUUUAGAGAAAAGGAUGACAGAUUCAAUUCCUCCAAUGAUGAAAGAAUCCGUGUCACUUCAGAAAGGGUAGAGAACAUGGCCAUGCGACUGGAAGAAGUAAAUGAGCGAGAGCACUGCAUGAAAGCCUCUCUGCAGACGGUUGAUAUCAGACUUGCUCAGCUGGAAGAUAUGAUGGGACGAAUGGUGACUGCCUUAGAAAAACUGACUGGCAUAGAGAGAGGUGAGACAACCAAGAUACGAUCCAGGACCUCAUCCGACUGUACUGAUGCAGCCUACAUUGUGAGGCAGAGUAGCUUCAAUAGUCAGGAAGGAAAUACUUACAAGCUUCAAGAGAGCAUAGAUCCCACGGGAGAGGAGUCCAUGUCUCCAACGUCUCCUACAAUCACACCCCGCAUGCGAAGCCACUCUUUCUAUGCAACAAAUAUGAAGGACAAGUGUGGGUUGGAAAAGUUUGAAAGCAUAUUUAAGGAAAGAUCUCCAAGCCUGCAUCGGGCUAUCAGUUCCCACUCAAUAGCAAAAGAAGGAAAGGCUCCCUUAGCCCCUACCAGCACUUUGUCAAUUGCCCCAGAUUCCAGAAGGCCUUCGUCUUGUAUAGACAUCUACGUUUCUGCCAUGGAUGAGAUGCAUUCUGACACAGAGCCUCUUGACAGCUCCAUAACUAUUCUUGGUACUGGAGAUGCAGCUCUGCAGGCUCACAUAGCCUCUUCCAUUUUAGCUAACAGUGCGUACAUUAGCAGUACACCUGGUGAAAAAAUUUCUGGCAGGAGUCUUGAUUACGAGGAAACCUCUGGAAUAGAAACAAGAGCCUUUUCUUCAGACUAUUCACAAAUCACAGAUUGCCAAAUCCCCUGGGAUUCAGACCCUCCCUUGUAUCACACUUUAGAGCGAUCUAAAAGCAGUCGUUACCUGGCUACAACUCCAUUUAUUCUGGAGGAAACGCCAAUUGUGAAAUCUCACAGUUUUAUGUUCUCUCCAUCUCGAAGCUACUUCAGCAGCCUUGGCGUCCCGGUCAAAACAGCAGAGUACACAAGCAUUACGGACUGUAUAGACACGAGGUGUGUGAGUGCUCCCCAGGCCAUCGCAGAGAGGGCCAGUUUCCCUGGAAGUCUCGGGGGCAAAGUGGAGGACUUGGGAUGCUGCCACCCAGAAAGAGAAGCUGAACUAAGCCACCCAAGCUCUGAUCAUGAGGAUAUUGAGGCCAAAGACAAGAAGGGGAUCCCCUUAUCUCCUCAAGACAGCAAUGCUACAAGAACUCUGGCCAACAGCAUCCCACUUCCAAAAAUAGAGCGGGCCAACAGCUACUCUGCAGAGGAGUCCAACAUGUUGUAUGCACAGCAUACGCGGAAGAGCUACUCUAUCAGUGACAAACUUGACAGGCAGCGAAAUGCAACAGGCCUGCGAAACCCCUUCCAGAAGAGUAAGUCCUCGAGGCCAGAGACCAGAGGGGACAAUCUGUCCAUGAGGAGACUGUCAAGAACGGGAGCCUUCCGUAGCUUUGAAAGCAAGCACAGCUAA